UCAAAGGAGUUUCGAGCAAGGAAAUAAUCACAUUUUUUUCCAAAAUGGAUCAAUAUGAGAUGAGAAAGUUCGAUUCCGCUACGAUGGAUGAGCCCGUGGAUGGAUGGCUCUUUUGCGUAUUGGGCGCUUGUUCCGCCAUUAUAUUUUCCACACUGGGAGCUGCCUAUGGGACUGCAAAGGCUGCCGUUGGUAUCUCAGCCAUGUCAAUAAAGCAUCCACAUCUGAUCAUGAAGGCCAUCAUCCCAGUGGUUAUGGCCGGGAUUAUUGCUAUUUACGGCCUGGUUAUUGCGGUCCUUUUGGCUGGUUCGCUUACCAAAAUUUAUAGCGGCUAUAAGGGAUACCUGAACCUCAGUGCCGGCCUGGCCGUUGGCAUCUCUGGACUGGCGGCAGGCGUCGCCAUUGGAGUUGUGGGCGAUGCAGGUGUUCGGGCCUCUGCCCAGCAGCCCAAACUUUUUGUAUCUGUCAUUUUGAUAUUGAUAUUUGCCGAGGUGUUGGGACUCUAUGGUCUUAUAGUGGCCAUUUAUUUGUUUACCAAAUAAAUGUUGCAUUGUUUGUGGCUUUCCAUCAGAACCGGUUUUCUUUGAAUGUUUAUCCAGUUGGAAACUC